AUGGCUUUCUCCUGUCCCUGCACCACCCGCACCACCUGCACCACCCGCACCACCUGCACCACCCGCACCACCCGCACCACCUGCACCACCCGCACCACCUGCACCACCCGCACCACCUGCACCACCCGCACCACCCGCACCACCCGCACCACCUGCACCACCCGCACCACCUGCACCACCCGCACCACCUGCACCACUUGCUACACCUGCACCACCUGCACCACCUGCACCACCUGCACCACCUGCACCACCUGCACCACCUGCACCACCCGCACCACCCGCACCACCUGCUACACCUGCACCACCCGCACCAUAUGCACCACCUGCACCACCUGCUACACCUGCACCACCUGCACCACCCGCACCACCCGCACCACCCGCACCACCCGCACCACCUGCACCACCCGCACCACCCGCACCACCUGCUACACCUGCACCACCCGCACCAUAUGCACCACCUGCACCACCUGCUACACCUGCACCACCCGCACCACCCGCACCACCUGCACCACCCGCACCACCUGCUACACCUGCACCACCCGCACCACCCGCACCACCUGCACCACCCGCACCACCCGCACCACCCGCACCACCCGCACCACCUGCACCAACCGCACCAUCCGCACCACCCGCACCACCCGCACCACCCGCACCACCCGCACCACCUGCACCACCUGCACCACCCGCACCACCUGCACCACCCGCACCACCCGCACCACCUGCACCAGUCCUGGGCCCCGGCACUAA